UAAAAUUAAAUUAAAUGAAACGAACUCAAAUAUAAGAUAACUUAAAUACAAUUUUAAUUUGAAAUAAUAAGUUUAAAUUCAAACCGAUUUUUGAAUGGUUAACAGUGAAUUCGAACUUAAUUUGGUUAAGUUAAAAUCCACCCAUACAGGAGAGAUGAACUAUAGUAUAGCUCUCAAACUAUAAGAGAGGUAUCGUGAUUAUAAAUCUUGAGGGAGGCCAAUGAUAUUAACCCAAAAUAAGAGAUAACACAAAAAAUCACGUGACCGUCCAUCCAAUCUAAUCUUAAAACAUAUCUCACCCACGUGUAAAAGUUGGUUUAUAAAAGAAGAAACUGUUUGGCUCGACAUUAUUUUUUAUUGCGUCGACACUCUCCACCCCUUGCGGCGGCGCACUGCUCGCAUUUUCAACAUAGUAAGCAACCCAAAAACAAAGCCAAAGCCAAACCCCAAAAGCUAUGUGAAACUCUCACCCAUUUCUAGACUCAAGUUCUUUCUUUUCUUCUUCCUUAUAUAUAUUUUCAUACCCUUUUGAUUUUCACCGUUUUUCCAUCCUUUCUCUCUUUCUUUCUAAGCCAUCAUGGCCUUGGUGCUGCACAAUCAGGUUCAAAACCCACUCUUUAGGAGCGAUUCAUAUGGGUACAUGGAGCAGAGCAACAUGAUGAUGGAGAAGCGACAGCUGUUCUUGAGAAGCUACCAGUUUUGCAGAAAGAAGAGUGUGAGUGAGAGAAUCAAAACAUCUAUUAUAAGAGUGAAGAGGGUGAUGUGGCUGAAGCUAAGAUCGGCUUUUAAAAUUCGGAAGUUGGUUUGGUCAAGGCUUAGAUGGAGCGUAAACUACCGGAGAAGAAGAUUUGUUCGUCUUGUAAACCACAACUACCACCAUUACAACUCUUCCUGCAGUUUCUGGUAGUGGUAGACAAGACAACCCCCAAACUUUUUAUUUUGUCAUGUUAUUAUUAUUAUUAUCUUUUCUUUUUCUCUUUGUUUCUUUAUGUGAUUUGGAGGAUUAUUGCUUGCUGGUUUCAGUUUGGUGUUCUAUAUAUAGAAAGUUUGUAAUUUUCCAGCUUAUAUCUUAUCAAAUUUGUUUAGAAAUUUGAUAAAUAUGUUCUCUUUUUUCCUUUUUGUGAAAGUACUUGUGCUAGAUGCUUAACAUGUCCAUUAAUAUAGACCAUAAAUUAUGUAAUUGCUGAAUUAUGAUCAGUAAAAUGUAAUCGGUCAUUGACUCUGUUUUGUUA